UAUGAUGAUGAUAUAAAUUUACCAUGUCUGCCAAAAGGUGAAGAUAAAAUAAUUGUUGAUGAAAAAGAAUGUGAUAAUGGUCAUAAUGAUUCAUUUGAUUGAUGUCAUUAAUGGUAAUUAACAUAUUAGGAUGAGUGUUAACUUUGUCUUUAAGAUAAAUGUUAUUAAUGUAAACAACAUUAUUUAUUAAUCGAAGCUAUUAAUAUUUGCAAAUCAAUUUGUGGUGAUUUGGUAAUAACUUAAAAUGAAUAAUGUGAUGAUGGUAAUGAUUACAUCUUUGAUGGAUGUCAUCUUUGUUAAUUUUAAUGUAAGGAUCAUUAUAGUUAUUGUAAUUAAGGGAUUUGUUGUAAAUGUGAUAAAUAAAUGGUUGGUACUUAAAAGGAUCUAAAUGUGAAUUUAUAUGCGGAGAUGGAAAAGUUGCUAAAGGAUAAAAAUAAUGUGAUGAUUCAAAAUUCAUAUCCUUUUGAAUUAUGUAUUUCUGCAAGUAAGAAUGUUCAGAAUAUUUAUAUUUUGCUUAAAUGGUUUUAAAUCAAUUCGGAAGAAAAUGGUCAAAAAAUUCAUUAAUCAAUUACAGAGAUUCAAUAAUAAAUUUCUUUAAGAUGUGGACAAUGGCUCAUUAAUAUGCGUAAAUUUAUGUGGAAAUGGGCUAACAGUUUAAAUUUUGAAGAAUGCAAUGUUGGAAGGAGGUGAUGGAUGUUAUUCUUUUUGUAAUACGGAGGAU